CCGGUUGCAAAGUGAAACUCCUUCAUGCAUCAAGUUAUUGAAUUACGUAGUAAUUGCACGUUACACAUUAGAGAACUGUGUCUUUUAAUAAAAAAAUCUCGAAAUGGCGUGUUUCGCUGCGCUUGAUGACGACAGCAUGGCUGGAAGUUUGAUUCUGAUCUGCAGUGUGUUUGCAGUAGUGUCUGCUGGAUGCAAAACACCACCUUACAUAGCAUUGAGAAAUGUCGAGUACAUUCCACGUAGUGAAAUAGAGGUAGCAGCCCAUGUUAACUGUCCAUCAACUGAACAUAAAGCUAUAUAUGUGAUCAGCACAUGGAGAAAUGAAACUUUGGUGUUGUGUUCCUGUGAAGAAGUAAUGGUCGGCGGAUAUUGUCCCGAAGAGAACAUUGGGAACAAAAUUCAAGUAAAUUACGGCGCACCAUGCUAUAAUCUUUCUUCAACCCCAUGUCCGCCAAAGUAUAAUGCUUCACAGAGCUUCAGAUAUACAGAAUGUUUUGAAAAGUUUGGUGGAAUUUUAUCUCCACAAUUGCUUGUCGAGAAAAAUAAACAGUUGAGAAAAACAAACCAAGAUCUGGACAAAAGACUUAGUUUGCAUGUCGAGGAAAAUGAACAGUUGAGAAAAACAAACCAAGAUCUGGACAAAAGACUUAGUUUGCAUGUCGAGGAAAAUGAACAGUUGAGAAAAAAGAAUGAAGAACUGGAACAAAGUUGCAAGCAAAUAGAGUUGAUUUUGACCACCAUCAUUGGUAUACUUUUAUUAGUAUUAAUAUGUAUUGGUUGUAGGAUUUAUGAGAUGGGUCACUGUUCGUCAUUUUUACCUUACAUAUCAAUAGCAAUAAUUCAGCAGUUUUUAAAGAAAAUGUGCUGUUGUGGUACAUCUAAAGAACCACAGAUGGAUAACUUCAAAGAAGACCAAACCACCAAGAUUAAGGAAAAUAAGAACCUAUUGAAGCAAGAUGACAACAUAUCGGUAGGAAUCCCAACAUAGACAAGUUCUUGCAGGGGAAGAUGAAAGUGACACAGAUAAUGGCCAUCAAGAUAUUCAGAUUGAUCCUCCUACAAAUGAAGAAAUUUAUGAUAGCCAUAAGGAUGUACUCUAGUGGUAAUUUUACCGCGAGUGGGUCGCCAUACUUUUUAAAGUCGUAAAUCUGGGAAUGCCUGUGUUUUAUUUUGUAUGCACACAGUAGAACAUUAAUAUGUGUUUUUGUUUGUAAGUAAUGUUGAUAAACUAACAAAAAUUAAUUAAAACAUGACAAUUUUUUUCUUAUUUUCUCAAUUUACGACAUUCGUGAUGACGUUACGAUUGUAAACAAACUCGAGCUCGAAGACGCACAUUGUACGAUGUCGCAUUUAGUCUAUUCUAAAACAGUCCAGAAACAUACAUGGGCGAUUCGUUAGAAGUAAAACGGCAGUUAUAGAUCAGGCUGAAUCCGAUAUUCUCACAAGUGAGUGGCAGACAAAGAAAAUUACAGACAAGCAGGCACAACCACGCACAUGGUGACACAGUACGUGUACUGUACAGUGUCAGACGAGAGGGGAGAAUGGAAGAAUGUUAGCGAUGUAGGACCCGAACCAGAGGCUGCUGAUAUAGUGUUGAAUGAAUUUGUAAGUUUUUCAAUAUACAAGAAUUUUUUUAUGAAAAUAAAUUCUACAAACUAUGUAGAUCUGUACCUAAAUUGAUCUGCGACCUUCCCGAUCCCGCCUAGUCGGUCAUGAGUGAAUCUCGCUUCUAACGUUCAAUGUAUCAUUAUUGAAGCAUCCUUUUGAUUAAAAAAUGUAAUCUAUAUCAUUGUUUUAUAAAAUCGCCAAAGUAUACAGCGAAUUUAAUUCAUUAAAAAGAGUUCAAAGGGAAAAGGGGGGUUUCUCCCAUCUAGAGAAUUAUGGCGCGCCAUUCGUGUACAAAUUAGUUAAAACAAAAGAUAAUUUUGUU